CUCGUAGUGUAUAUAUCGGGCAAUAUUGCGUGUGUCUUAUGUCAAUUUCUUUAUAAUAUUUGUGUGAUUUUCUACUUAUUUUAUCAGCAAGAGUUAUUUUAUUAUCUUGGCUCAGUUGUUUCUUCUUCUUUUUUUUCUAAGUUAAGCAUUCACAAAAACACCAACUACUUAAUCAAAUAUCUCUGUUUCCAUCAUGCCGAAAUUUUACAAGGCAGAAAUAAACAAAACGGAAUGGGAAGUACCUGAAAGAUAUCAAAUGUUAACUCCGGUUGGUUCAGGAGCAUACGGAAUGGUUUGCUCAGCCGUAGACACAGUCAAUAACAUCAAAGUGGCGAUAAAAAAAUUGGCCAGACCAUUUCAAUCAGCUGUUCAUGCAAAACGCACAUACCGUGAAAUCCGGUUGCUAAAGCACAUGAAUCACGAAAAUGUUAUCGGACUGUUGGACGUUUUCAAUCCGGCUGGAAUGUCAUUAGAUUCCUUUCAACAAGUGUAUCUGUGCACGCAUUUAAUGGGUGCCGAUUUGAACAAUAUCAUUCGGACGCAACGUCUAUCGGAUGAUCAUGUACAAUUUUUGGUUUAUCAAAUCUUGAGAGGCCUUAAAUAUAUCCACAGUGCUGGCAUCAUUCACAGAGAUCUUAAACCGUCCAACAUUGCAGUCAACGAAGAUUGUGAAUUGAAAAUUUUAGAUUUUGGACUCGCUCGUCCAACUGAAAACGAAAUGACCGGAUAUGUGGCCACGCGUUGGUACCGAGCUCCAGAAAUUAUGCUCAAUUGGAUGCAUUACAAUCAAACCGUCGAUAUUUGGUCGGUCGGAUGUAUCAUGGCCGAACUACUAACAGGCAGGACACUGUUUCCGGGCACCGAUCAUAUCCAUCAAUUAAAUUUGAUAAUGGAAGUGUUGGGGACACCACCUGAUGAUUUUAUGCUCAAAAUAUCAUCAGAAAGUGCUCGGAAUUACAUCAAAUCGCUGCCGACCAUGAAGAAACGUGACUUCCGCGAGGUAUUCCGUGGUGCAAAUCCGUCCGCCAUCGAUUUGUUGGAGAAAAUGUUGGAAUUGGAUUCGGAGAAACGAAUCACCGCCGAACAGGCUUUGGCUCAUUGUUAUUUGGAAAAAUACGCUGAUCCCAACGACGAACCGGUGUCGGCUCCAUACGAUCAAAGCUUUGAAGACAUGGAUUUGUCGGUGGACAAAUGGAGAGAACUUGUCUUCAAGGAAGUAUUCAGCUUCGUGCCGCACAAGUUACAUAACGUUUCCGAGCAGCAAUCAUAAUUAUUAAGUUUAACUUAAUGUUUAAAAAACAACCGUAAGAUAUAAGGAACCAUUGCAAUUACUAAAACACAAAAUGGUAGAAUGGAAUUAUAGAAAGUUAAAUAAAAGAAAAGUUAUUUUUGAAUCAAAAAAA